AGUUCGAGUGCAAAUGCACAAGAUUCAACAAUUUCCUCUAAUAGUCGAGAGUCGUGUUGAUAAAAUUGUUGGUUUUUUUUCAAAUCUAGUACGGAACAUUGUCGCCUUUUUGAAAUCGCCUUUGAAUUGUGAGCAUCAUUUGCUCAACCCGAUGUUGUUAGAGGAAUUAGUCCUAAAGUUACCGGCUUCAAAGCAAUUUGAAUGGAGUCGAUGUGCAGCGGGGAUGUUAGGGCAUCCAACUAUAGAGACAUUUUCAAAUUGGUUGGUUGAUGGACCUCGAACAAGCAUUACAGUUUAUGCUAUGCUCGACGAAGGGUCAUCGAUAACACUCCUCGAGGAAAGUAUUGCGGACGAGCUCGGCAUCAAAGGCCGUAGUACUUCACUCACCUUACAGUGGUACAAUACAAAACAAAUUAGUGAACAAUUCCGUAUACUGAAUUUACAAAUAAGUGGAGUUGAUCAUAAGACGUCAUUCCAGUUGAAGAAUGUACAUACGAUAAAACAUUUAGAUUUACCAACGCAAUCUUUUGACCGAAAUAAUUAUAGACACUUAAGCAAUUUACCUAUAGCCAGUUAUUCAGCAAUUAAACCGUCGUUAUUGAUUGGACUAGACAACAGCCAAUUGAGUGCCACCAAAGAAAUGGUUUGCUCUGGUCCAAAUGAACCUAUCGCCGUCACUACCAAGUUAGGUUGGGUUGCAUAUGGCCCUACGCACACCAGAGGUUGUUCUACAUCUAACAUUCUUCACAUACGAAAUCAAUUUACAACACAACAGUUACAGCUCGUGCAAGAGUACACAGUAUCGCCGUCCAGAAGCCAAAUAUUCCCCUUGAGUCAGAGGAAGAUCUGAGAGCAAGAAAGAUACUAGAGAAGACUACCAAAAAUAUUGGCCAUCGUUACGAAGUGGGUUUGUUAUGGCGUGAAGAUAACGUCGAGCUACCUCAAAGCUACGAAAUGGCAAAAAGAAGACUAAUCAACGUCGAAAACAAAAUGGCCAAAGAUCCAGUUUA